AUGUGCAUCUCGGGUAAUAAAAAAAUAAAAAGGUUUCAUGAUAGAUUCCAUCGGCAUAGAAGAGCUUGGGAGCAUCACUUAGGCUCUUCUAAAGAGCCACCUACGUGGAAUCAAUUGAACGAAUUUUUAAUUUCACGACUUCUCUCGCUCCAAGCAUUUGAAAAAUCUAGAUCAGGAAAAUCCUCCACCGUUUUACAUCCGGUUACCACCAAGUCUCACUUUCAAGAAAAAGCUAAAAACUCUCAUUCUAAUAAAUCAAGCUUAUGUACUCUUUGUUCUGCUGAGCACUAUAUAGCAAACUGCCCGAAAUAUAUCUCAAAAACAGUUCCACAGCGACUUUCUCUUAUCAAACAGCAACAGCUCUGUUACAAUUGUCUCGGAUCUCAUAAGGCAUCAGCCUGUCGAAUUACUAAACGCUGCAUUAAGUGCGGACAAAAGCAUCAUACGACAAUUCAUCAAAAUAAUAAUUCUACAAUUAACACUGCUAAAAUCACACCGUCAGAUACUGUAAAAUCUGCCACCGAAACCAAAUCCUCAGAAACAAAAUCUACUGAAGCUCACGUACUUCAUGCAUCUAUUGAGAAUGAAUCACUUGAUUCAAUUGCAUUACUAGCUACCGCUCAAGUUUUGGUUACAACUGCUAGUGGAGAAACUGUAAAGGCUCGAGCAUUGAUUGAUCCCGGUUCUGAAAUUUCGUUAAUUUCAGAGCGUCUUACAAAACUACUUCACAUUCCCAGAAGUCACUCUUCGAUCUCAUUAAUCGGAGCAGGUGGCAAAAGGAUAGGUCGAACUAAAGGUUCAAUCAAAUUUGCAAUAAAGGCUCAUUUUGAUCCCCAAUCUGAGAUCCCAGUUUCAGCGUAUAUUUUACCAAAAGUAACGACAAAGCUGCCAUCCGUUCCUAUUCCUCAGUCUAAUUGGCCACAUUUGGAAGGACUUACAUUAGCAGAUUACCAUUACGCUACUCCUGGACCCGUUGACCUUAUCUUAGGAAUUAAAGUUUACGCUCGCAUUAUUCAAGAUGGCGUCGUUACAGGAGACGAAACCUCGCCAAUUGCACAACGCUCCAAACUUGGGUGGAUUAUUUCAGGUUCCGUUAAUUCCGACGAAGAAACAACAGUCGCUCAUGGAUAUCACAUAUCUGUUGAUACUGAACUUCAUGAUCUUCUGCAAUGUUUUUGGAAAUUAGAAGAAAUAUCAACAUCUACUUCAUCGCCUUUAUCAAUCGACGAGCAAAAAUGUGAAGAACAUUUUAAACAAACUCAUUCUCGAGAUCCCCUAGGACGAUAUAUUGUUAGACUACCAUUCAAGCGAUCCCCAAUCGAAUUAGGAGACUCUAAGACUCGAGCUCUUCGAAUCAUUAUCAAUCUAUCAAGAAAACUAUCAAAUGAUUCCAAACUCGCGAAAGCCUAUUCAGAAUUUCUAGACGAAUACGAAAAAUUAGAUCACAUGAGACUUGUAACAUCUCAUCAUUCAGAGCCCUGCUAUUAUCUACCUCAUCACGGAGUUAUUAGAGAGACUAGCUUAACAACUAAACUGAGAGUCGUAUUUAAUGGAUCAAGUCGUACUUCUACGGGUAUAUCCUUAAAUGAUCUUCUUUACAUCGGAGCUAAACUACAAACGGAUGUAUUUUGA